UCAAGUGUUUCACAUAAAAAUAAAAACUUUAAAUAAAAGAUUGAACCCUAGCGAAAAACUUAAGACAUUAAAUCAUGUGGAAAUGUGGCAAACCACUUGAUAUGUGUAAAACACUAAGUAUCAGCGGGAUAUUACCAGCGUUUUUUAAUUCAGGCGAAAAACUUGAAAACACAAAUAUAACUGAGAAGAAUCCAACGACGGACAGUGCAAAAGUUCACGAUAGUUCAAGUCCGUACAGCGAUCAACAAAGAUCUAAUAUUUUCCAUGGAAUAACUGGAUUCUUUUCCAAGACGGGCGAGGCAUGGGAAACUAUAAAAAAUAAAGACUAUUCGGUGAUAACGAAUAGAUCAAACGAUGCAUGGGAAACUAUAAAAAAUAAGGCGAAUCCUGUGAUAAAGAAUGCACCAAAUUAUAUGCCAAAUUUUAACCAAUUGAAAUAUAUUAGCAAGGAAUUUAUGAAUAAAUUGGAGAGCCUAAGAGAUUCGAAGACCCAUGAACUAAUGCCGGACUUUUUGAGCAAUAAAAGCGUAAACGGAGAUUUUAAAAAAUCUACCGAGUUUCAACGUUUUUUCGACAACUACAAGAAAAAUAUGAAAAUGUCAAACACCUACCUUGAGGCAGCUAUUCAGAGCUUUGAACUCGUUGAUAGUGACAAGAAUAAAUGGGUCUUGGAGCAGCUACGUACAUUCAAGAAACAGGUGGCUGGGAUAAUCGCUAUUGGAAUGCUGAUUGCAGACACAUUUACGAACGCAAUUCGUCCUCAGGCAGAUGCACCCGUUGAAAUUGACCAGAUUGGUGAAAAUGAAACAAUGUUAAAUCAGCUGUGGAGACUUUCCAAGGGUGCACCUGCUCUUAUAGCAAUAUUUUUGCUAAUGUUAGGGGCAGAUACGACCUCAUUUUGCUUUGUCUCAGUGAUUUAUUAUUUGCUCUGGUACCUUUCAAAGUAGGUUACGAUAAAGCUUUGUUCUACUCCAAAAAGUGAAUAAUCCUUCCUAUCGAUCCAGGAACACAAUUCGAAUUGCUAUUUCAAAAUUAUAAAACUUAAAUCUUAAUCACUGUGAUUAAUUAAUAUGUUUUAUAAACUUUGAAUAUUUUUUCUAUCAAAUUAAUACAUAAACUUUACCAAUAAGUAAUAUAAUAAGAGAAAUGUGGAAAAAUGGAAAAUAAAGUUGAAUGUUUGCCUUUUUUGUAGAGAAAACAUUAUCG